AGUGCCGACGCUGCCGCCGCUGCGAAGAGAAAGGCUGCGAGCAAGGCUCCCGAGGGCAAAAGGCCAAAAACGGGAGAUGCCGGGAAGAAGGAUCCUCCCGUGGUCAUCGUAGAUGAGUGCCCCGCCUCCGGGAUGCCCGUGGAGAUGCCGGUGGCGGAAGUGCCGAGGGGUGUCCGGGAGCCAUCCUCCGAGGUUCUGAUGGUUUCUCUCCCGGUAGGAACAGCCGUGAUGAACUGCACGGUGGACCCGAGGGUACUUCUGAGGGGCAUGACCCCCGAGUUUGGCAGAGCCGCCCUCGGGGCUGAUGAUGACCUGGCCCUCGAGGACAAGAUCCUCCGAUCUUCCCUCACAACUUGCAUUGCCCUCGGUGAACAGGCCCGGAGGCUGGAGGAGUGGCGCAUGCACAAGGCUGAGCAGGACGCGAAGAUGCGGGAGCUCAUCUACUAGAACUCUGAUGCCAUCAGGCAGAUGGCUGCAUUGGAGGAGAGCCUUCGGCAGAUGACGCUGCGGGCGGAGGCCGCAGACCGGGGCAAGGCCGAUGUUGAAAGGUCUGCAGCUGAAGCCCUCGAGAGAGCCGCCAAGGAGGCCGAGGCCGCCAAGGCGGAUGCCGUCGCGAAGGCCCGAGAGGACGUCGUCUCCGGAUUUUUGGCAGGGGGGUGGAGGGCAGAGGAGCACAAACAGUGGUUGUCCUCGGUCGUGGAGUCCUCGGUCGAUGAAUGGUGCGACGGGCCCGGUGUGGAGUGGGUUUCCCGAAAGGGCAAACAAUACUACGAUGGGGGUGAGUUUUUUACUCAAACCCUCAUCUACCGGAGGAUGGCCCGUCAUUUGAAGAUCGACCAGAAAGACUUUGACCCGGCGGCAUACGGACUUCCCCCCCUGCAGCCAGAUGUCCGUGUUCCUCUCCC